AUGCUUACGAAGACUGCAAGCCCGCUGCUGCGCUCCCUUCCUCACGCCGUGCCUCGACGAGCCUUCGCUUCUCGCCCCCACCCGCUCGAGCGACGACCAACUCCCAGCGGGCCUGUCGCAGCAAACCCAUCCCGUCCAGCACCCAAGCGACCCGUUCAGCGAUUCAGCGCGCUCAGCUUGAUCCUGCUCUCGACCCUCGUCGGCAGCUCGACCUAUGCGAUCGGAAGGUUGACAGGCGUGAACGGGGCGGAAGAGGCGCAGGCGGAAAAGGUCUACCGGGAACCGACUGCAGAGGGCUUCGAGAAGGCGAUGAGCGAGAUCAAGGGCUGGCUCCCGGAGGACUGUCUCGCGACGGACCGGGAUACGCUCGUCGACCACGGCUACAACGAAUGGGCCGCACACGGACCGACUGGCUUGCCGGGCGCGGUGCUGUACCCUCGCUCAACGGAGGACGUCGUCCAAAUCGUCAAGACCGCCUCGAAGCACGGCAUUCCCUUGAUCCCCUACUGCGCGGGCACUUCACUCGAAGGCCACACCACCGCCCUUGGCUACGCGAACAACCCUUCCGAGAAGUCUGCGCGGGAGAAGCUCGCUCGCGACGGCCACGUCUCGGUCGACGACCUCGUACCAGGCCUCGCGCUCGUCCUCGACUUCUCAGAGAACAUGAACAACAUCUUGGCAAUUCAUCCGGAGGACCUGGACGCGGUCGUUCAGCCUGGCAUCUCGUACGACGCCCUGAACGCCGAGUUGCGGGAACGGAACAUCCCGCUCUUCUUCCCCGUCGAUCCUGCGCCCGGCGCGCAGAUUGGCGGCAUGAUCGGCACGGGCGCAAGCGGGACCAAUGCAGUGCGGUACGGUACCAUGCGCGAUAACGUCCUCAACUUGACGGUGGUAUUGCCGAGCGGAGAGGUGAUCAAGACGAGGCAGCGAGCAAAGAAGUCGUCGGUCGGACCCGACCUGAGUCGUCUGUUCAUCGGCGCUGAAGGAACACUCGGAAUCGUCACCGAAGCAACUCUCAAGCUCUCCCCCGCGCUUCCCACCACAGUCGCGGUCUCCUCCUUCCCAACGAUCGCCUCCGCCGCCGCCGCAGCGCGCGACCUCGUCCAAAACGGCAUCUCGCUCGCUUGUAUCGAGUUGUUGGACGACGUGAUGGUUGAUGCGACGAACAGGGAGAGCAAGGUUAGGCAGUGGCCGGUCAAGCCGAGUUUAUUCCUGAAGUUCAGCGGCACGCCGGAACAGAUGAAGCUCGACAUUGAGCGAACUCGCAAGAUCACCUCCUCGAACCACGGUUCCAACUUCACUUUCGCCCGCACAGACAAAGAAGCCGACGAGAUCUGGCACUCGCGCAAGAUUGCGCUGUGGAGCGCGAUCGAGUAUGUCAAGGGCGCCAAGUGCUGGGUGACGGAUGUUUGUGUCCCGCUGUCCAGGUUCCCCGAGUUGAUCGCUGAGACGAAGGCCGACAUCGAGAAGGAAGGGAUCAAAGGCCCGAUCGUCAGCCACGCAGGCGACGGCAACUUCCACGCCCUCCUCCUCUUCCGCACGGACGAAGAGCUGAAGAAGGUUGAAAGGUUGGUGCAUAACAUGGUUGAGCGGGCGCAGCGGAUGGACGGGACUGCGACGGGCGAACAUGGAGUCGGGAUCGGCAAGAAGCCUUACGUCGAGAACGAGCUGGGCGCGGGCACGGUCGAGCUCUUGCGCGAGAUCAAGCGCGUCAUGGACCCGCAGAACAUCAUGAACCCGGGCAAGCUGAUACCCGACCGCAAGGACUCUGCCGCGCAUUGA